AUGCCAGGAAUCAAUUGCACCCAAACAACUGAGUUCAGUUUGGCAGAAUUCACCGAGGACCCGGCAACUCAGGUCACCCUCUUCCUGCUCUUCCUGCUCACCUACCUUGUCACCAUCCUGGGGAACUUGGGCAUGAUCACCUUGAUCAGAGCCAGUGCCCUGCUCCAUUCCCCCAUGUAUUAUUUCCUGGGCAACCUGGCUUUUGUGAACCUCUGCACUUCCACCACCAUCACCCCCAGGACGUUGGCUGGGGUUUUUUUGGGGAAGAAGGGAAUCACCUAUGCUGGGUGCAUGGCUCAGAUAUUCACUUUUGGCCUGUUUGUGGUCACUGAGUGUUUCCUACUGGCUGCAAUGGCCUAUGACCGAUAUGUGGCCAUUUGCCACCCCCUGCUCUACCUCCUUGUCAUGUCCCCAGAGCGCUGCUCCUGGCUGGUGACCAGCUCCUACCUCCUGGGGCUGACCAAUGGUGUGGGACAAGCCAUUGGCAUGUCCAGCUUGUUCUUCUGCAGCUCCAGUGCCAUCGAUCUGUUCUUCUGUGACAUUUCCAUGCUGAUCUCCCUCUCCUCCUCUGACACCACCCUCAGCCUCAUCAUCCUGAGGACUUCUUCAUCUUUGCUCGGUGUUCCCAGCCUGCUGGUGGUCCUGGUGUCCUAUGUGGCCAUCAUCUCCACCAUCCUGAGCAUCAGCUCAGCUGAGGGCAAGCGCAAAGCCCUCUCCACCUGUGCCUCCCACCUCGCUGCCCUCAGCACCUUCUAUGGGCCAUUGAUUUUCAUGUACUUAAUCCCCAGGUCAGACACCUCCAGGGGAGGGGAUAAAUGGGCUGCUGUGCUCUACUCUGUGGUGACCCCCAUGCUGAACCCCUGGAUCUACAGCCUGAGGAACCGGGAGGUGAAGGAGGCUUGGAGGAGACUCAGGAAAAUAAAAUGA